UAUUUUAUCCUAUAUAUGAUUCGAACGUGAUUACUCAUCUAGAUACUUUACCUGUCUUUUUAAGUAUUUUUAAUCGUAUUCGUUUUUUUAACGUGUAUAUUUUAAAUUAAAAAAAAUGUGUUCCAAAAAGUUAUUAUGUUAUCUUACUAUUGGUCUACUAAUUAUGGGAAUCUUUAUGGAUGGUGUCGAAGCGAGACGUAAAAUUUUGAAAGGUCGAAAAACAAUUACGAGACGUUAUUAUUGGGGAACCGUAAUACCAGCGUGGUCCAUAGUACUUUUGAUAGGAAUCAGUAUAUUAGUUGGUGGUGGUGGACUUUAUGUGUUAUUACAAAAAUUUGUAGUUGAUAAUGCUGAGGUUGAAGAAAGACAUUCAUAUCAACCUGCAUUACAAAAUGAAGCUUGAUUUAUAUUAAAUACACACAAUAUUAAUUAUUAAUACUUA